AUGACCUACAGGCCCAGUCCUCCUCACCGGUCGUUCGAACAACUCCCAUCCCAUCCCGCCGCCUCCGUCACCACCACUCCCCCGCGAAAGCCACUCGCAACCUCCCCGCUCCACUCACCAGACGCGAACAGUGCGUCUGAUCAGAAGCUGCUGCACACUCCACCGCGACGCGCCCCGACUUCUCCAAUUGCCCCAGGGACGCCCGCCCUUAGCAACGGCCGUGCCAGGCGUCUGAGCUCCUCAUCUACCGCGACAAGGCCCACUCCAAACAGCCUCUCAUCCACGGGCUCCUACUUCACUCCUAGAUCCACCGGCUCAGGCGCAGAUGCUCCAUCACCCGCCACGAGAAAGCCACCCGCACACCUCGAGACGUCGAAUGGCCCGCCUUUCGCCCUCAUAACGCGACCAAGACCUAGCCAUUCAGACGCCGCGCGCACCCCAACCUUUGCGCACUACGAUUUCGCCCAAUACCCGACUACCCCCACCGAAUCCACCCCCCGACCGCCGUACGCCGACGACGUCCGUCACUCCCGCACCAGGAGUCUCCCCGCUUCCCACGACAAAAACACUGGUCGAAGGAGCAGAAGCAGCAGUCGGGACAGCGCAAUGGCUUCGGACGACCAGUCCGACUACGACUUUGCCUACUCCCACCGAGGCGCAACCAAGACCAACGGAGCCGGGCCCCGGCUCGACCUGAAAAACGCGAGCAAUGAAGACCUGUUCCUCAACAUUGCACAGGAUGGCCCGCAGCGGCAGGACGGCGACGAGGACACGGCGCGACUCGAGCGCAGAAGGUCUCGAAUCGCCCGCGCCUCCCGCCAGUCCAUGCCCGUCAAUUCCUUGUCCUCGCCCAUAAAGACGUCCACGAGCAUCCCGGUCAAGUCGGGCGCCGCCGAAGGCAGAAUCGGUGGGUCUCACUACCGGCGCGUGUCUCAAUUGCCCUCUCCGUCCUACACUUCAGCGGGCCGUGACCAGUCGCUGAGCGCCGCUUUGGCAGUAGAAGGCCAAAGGAGCCGAUUCGGCAUGUCCGUCCACAGCUCGUUCCCCCUGCCCAAGAGCAGAGGCGGCGAGGACGACGCGCAAUCCCAGAACCGGCGUUUUUCCGUCACCGAUUCCACCCGCCGAACCGAAGGAGGCCGCGAGCUUAGAUAUCGCCCUUCGAACCUCACGAGCACGAGCACGCCGCGAAGCAACAACCUGCCGACCACGCCCCUGGAAACUUCGCCCGAAAUAACUUCGGGCCGCACCGCAGAGCAGCAGUCUGGCAGAGACGGCUCGGAAUCCAUGGACUCUACUAAUGCCCCCUCGACCGUUUGGGACGAGCUAGACGAACUCAAAUCUCGCAUCAAGAAGCUCGAGCUUACGGGAAAGCUGCCGCCGACUUCUGGAGCCGCCGUGUCUCUGGGCGAGCGUCCGCGGACGGCAACCACGCAAGCAACCAGCGUAAUCGCCUCGCCGAAGCACCAUCGCAAGCAGAGCAUCUCCCCGCCCGAGACGGCCGUGUCCGCCACGGAAAAAGGCGCCAGCCACCCUCUCCUGCACUCGGCGCUGGCCAAGUGCAGGGUCCAGGUUGCGCCCGGCCUCUUCCGCGUCUUGGAGACGACGGCCUCGGACGCGCUCGAUCUCUCCGCCAUGACGGGCAAUUCGGGGUCCGGCAGCAACUCGGCCGCCAACGGAGCAGCCGUGACGGAGCGUCAGCUGAGAAGGAAGGCGGACAGCAUGUGCCGCAGCUUGACCGAACUGUGCAUCGCCCUUUGCGAAGGCGUGCCCAGCCCGACGAACCCGACGACGCCCUCGCUCGUGUCGCCCGCCCUCGCGCCUGUUCCCAGACGCAGCAGCAUUCACACCAAUGGCGACUACCAGCAGCAGCAGCCGCCGCGCGGCGCAAGCGCCGAGCCAGACGACGGCGCCAGAAACAGCCCGAGCCGCGCGCUCAAUCGCAUCGAAGCCCGCCGCAUCAGCAUGCACGGCGGCAUGAGCAGCGCGGGGAACAGCCCGCGCGAGCCGCCCGACCGCGAGCGCACCACGCCCACGGGCAGGUACUCGAGGAACGGCUCCAGCCUGCUCUCCUCGCGGCCCCGCCGCGCCACCAUUAACAACGACGACCAGGAGGGCGAGGACGACCAGACGCUCCGCGUGCCCUCCCGCGCCAUGACCGACUACUCGCAGCAGAAGCGUAGCAACCGCCUCUCGCGCGAGUACACUUCGCAGGUCCCUCUGCCCGACCACCCGCCGGUCGCCAUGCUCCAGCACUCGGGCUCCCUGCGGCGCACCAACGGCGUCACCCCGACCUCCGAACAAGCGCCGCCUUUGUCGGCCUCGCUCCUCCGCGACGGCAGCCGCCGAUACCUCGACCGCUCGACGCCGCCCGCCUACCCCAGCCCGACCACUUCGCAGGAAAACUCCAUGUCCUCGAGCGAGGAGCGGCGGCAGCGCAUCGCGGCCCUCACCGGCGGCAACUCGAGCUACGUCUCGAGCCCGCGCAGCGCGGCCGGCAUCAGCCGCACGGGCAGCCUGUCCCGCCGUCUCCACCAAAACACCUAG